UUAUAGGUUAUGUGUCAGAGGAGCUGUUAUGAUCCCUAGGGGUUUUCGGUCAUUCGUCUCAAGAAUACAAGCGAACAAACUUGGAGUCCUGUUCUCCUUAGGAAGAACAUACUCGAUCCGUCAGCAUCUAGCAACAAUGGCAGUCUCUAAUGAGCAAACCACAAGCCCGUUGCUGAGCUUCCCCAGCACCAAACUGCUCUUCCAUGCCGCUGAGCACCAACAAACAUACAAAAGCGAAUCCACCCUGGUGUCUGUUUUACCAGUCGCAAAACUCCCAGAAGAGGACAGGACGCUCUACAAAGGCGAUGCUACGUCUCUGUACGUGCUGAUCACCACCUCUACAAUAUUUCAUCCACAAGGUGGCGGCCAGCCAUCGGACGUUGGCACUGUCGCCCUUGCUUCUUCACUGGAAACAGCCAUCUUCAACGUAGACUCAGCACGGACGUCUGCUUCAAACCCCGGGCUGGUUCUGCAUUUUGGGACCUUCCAAGGCGAGGCCGGGGCCUCGAUUGAGUCUGGCUCAGUACUGAUCCAGACGGUUGAUGAGAAAACACGACAUCUCUAUUCCCGCCUGCACACAGCAGGCCAUGUCCUGGGGACAGCCACUCGUACCCUGCUCGAGGAUAAAAUCGAGGGGUUCGAUGAGUUGAAGGCAUCGCACUUUCCAGACUCUGCCGGAUGUGAGUUCAAGGGCGUAAUAGAAGGGAAGUGGAAAUCGGAUAUCCAACAGUCGGUGGAUGAUUUGGUCGACAAGGAUGCCGAGGUCAGGAUCGAGUGGUGGACCAAGUCGGACUUUAGAGAGCGCAAGCUGGAGCGCCUACUUCCAUCAGACGAAGUAUGGCAUGCGAUUGGCAUCUAUGUCGAUCAGGAUGGUCACGAUGUGCCGAGCGAGGACGUGAUUGACGACGAAAAGACUAGGAUAAGGGUUGUCAACAUUGUUGGAUCCGAAGUAUAUCCUUGUGGCGGAACGCAUGUGCCCACGACCAAGGCUUGUGGAAAGGUCACAGUCAGAAAGAUCGGUAGGCAAAAGGGUAUAAGCAGAAUCAGUUAUAAAGUGGACUAGACUAGAUUAGAAUAUUACUAGACCUAGAAGUAGAAAUAGAUACUUGACGACG